GAAGACAUCGGAACGGCGGGUCGCUCCACUUGGCGCGCCCCGGCCUGGUCACGUGCGCGAUGACAAAAAUAAGACGGACGUGCGGAUGGAGUCCCUGUCGUCUCCAGAUUCAGGGCAGAUCUAGGCUGUCGGCAACAGAAUGCUUCCUCCGAUUCCAUCGGCGACUCUCGCAGGGUCAAUUCGCUGCCAUGCCCGAGUACCGCGCGCAGGUAUCUCGUACUGCAGAAAUCUGUCCGACUUUCGCGUCCGGAGUCAUCCCCAACCGCGCUACUCUUUAGCUUCACUGAACCAGCAAUCUGCCGUUUGCACUAGUACCACCAAACCUCAACCUCAGUCGCAGUCUCUCUAUGUCUCUCGAGGCCCGAAGACGCGUAGCGUGACUACAGCGUCACCCAAGCCGCUCGAUCACUACGUGCCACCCAAGACCGGUCUAAUUUCUCAUCUCCCCAAGACCUGGAUCCCCUAUGCCGAGCUACUCCGGCUCCAAAACCCCAUCGGCACAUAUUGCCUGUUCUUCCCCUGUGCGUUCUCGACUCUCCUAGCGACCGUGGUGGCUCAACACCCAAUCGCCCCAUUGCAGGUGGUUGGAACGACGGGGCUCUUUUUCGCCGGCGCCCUGAUUAUGCGAGGCGCCGGAUGCGCCGUCAACGACCUCCUCGACAGACGCUUCGACCCGUUCGUGGAGCGCACGAAAUUCCGCCCGAUCGCCCGAGGCGCAAUCACUCCGCCCCAGGCCGUCAUUUUCACCGGCACCCAGCUCCUCGCUGGCCUCGGCAUUCUGCUCCAAUUCCCAACGCAGUGCCUCUACUACGGUGUGCCCAGCCUGCUGCUCGUCGGCGCCUACCCGCUCGCCAAGCGCGUGACAGAUUACCCGCAGGCCGUCCUGGGCCUGACCUUCUCGUGGGGCGCGUGGAUGGGAUUUCCAGCAAUGGGCGUCGAUCUGCUCAGUGACCCGUCCGCCCUGGCCGCUGCCACGUCUCUGUAUCUGAGCUGCGCGGCGUGGACGGUCUUCUACGAUAUGGUGUACGCCCACAUGGACAUCAAGGACGACGUUGCGGCGGGCGUCAAGUCCAUUGCUCUCCGGCACGAAGGGAACGCGAAAGCGGUGCUGUCGGGUCUUGCGGCUACGCAGGUGGGAUUGCUUGCGGCGGCGGGCGUGGCGGCGGGCGCGGGCCCUCUUUUCUACGCUGGGAGCUGCGGAGGCGCGGCUGUCUCUCUUGCCAUCAUGACGGCUAGGGUUAAGCUUCGGGAUCCGUCUAACUGCUGGUGGUGGUUCCGGUAUGGGUCUUAUUUCACUGGUGGGGCAAUCACGAUGGGUUUGUUCUUGGAGUAUUUGGCGCGGUAUCUGGAGUGGUAUGGUGAGGAUGUUGAUGGCAGUGGUCGUGAAGAUGCUCCUAAGGUGCAGGAGGAACUGUAAACUAGUUUGUUGUUAGAGGGCUUUGAUACGCUGUAUAUUAUUUCAAUCCAUCGA